AUGACUACAAGUUUCCGACACUUCCUCGGGAAGUACAAGAGCAAGUUUCGUUACUAUGUUGCAAACUCGGUCAACUUUCGCCAGAUUACACAAUUGAUACUGGUCUUGUUCUCGCUUGCCGCCAUUGUCGGCCCCAUCAUACUACUUGUGUUCGAGUAUAAGAAAAGCCCCUCGAGUCCCCUGAUCAUACUCGGGUUUUUAUCAGCUGCUAUUGCGACCUUUUUCAGUUCCUGUGUGGCUCUGUGGUGGUGGCGUUUCACUCAUCCUCCCAGGGACGACAACCAACAAGUCAUACCCUGGUCCAGAAGCGGUUCAGAGUCGAGCUCGGUCGGUCCAACUCAGGCCCAACUUGCUGCAGGACCGUCCGACACACAGGGUAUGGACUUUCCAUUGAAUCCUAUUACGGAGCAGGCUUCUUCUUCUGUCACUGCCGAAGUCAAUGUAGACGGGGUCAACCACGAAGGAAAUAAUGCGACGACGCCUUCGAAGAGUUGA